AGCGCAGCGGCCGGUGUGAGAAUCGGUGUGGAGCGGCUGCUGGGAUCCGGAGAUCCCGAGAAGCCGGCGUCCGAGCGGCUCUUCGAGAAUUACUGAUCUAUGAAAUGGCAGAGAAUGGAAAGAGUUGUCGUGACCAGAGACGUGUAGCAAUGAACAAGGAACAACAUAAUGGCAACUUUACAGAUCCCUCUUCAAUGAGUGAGAAGAAGAGGAGGGAUCGGGAAGAAAGGCAGAAUAUUGUCCUGUGGAGACAGCCACUCAUUACCUUGCAGUAUUUUUUUCUUGAAAUCCUAAUAAUCUUGAAGGAAUGGACCUCAAAAUUAUGGCAUCGACAAAGCAUUGUGGUAUCUUUUUUACUGCUGCUUGCUGUGCUUAUAGCUACGUAUUAUGUUGAAGGAGCACAUCAACAGUAUGUACAACGGAUAGAGAAACAAUUUCUUUUGUAUGCCUACUGGAUAGGCUUAGGAAUUUUGUCUUCUGUUGGACUUGGGACAGGGCUGCACACCUUUCUGCUUUAUCUGGGUCCACAUAUAGCUUCAGUUACAUUAGCUGCUUAUGAAUGUAAUUCGGUUAAUUUCCCGGAACCACCCUAUCCUGAUCAGAUUGUUUGUCCAGAUGAAGCGAGCCCUGAAGGAGCUAUUUCUUUGUGGAGCAUCAUCUCAAAAGUUAGAAUUGAGGCCUGCAUGUGGGGUGUUGGAACAGCAAUUGGAGAACUUCCUCCAUAUUUCAUGGCAAGGGCAGCUCGCCUCUCAGGUGCUGAACCAGAUGAUGAAGAAUAUCAGGAAUUUGAAGAGAUGCUGGAACAUGCAGAAGCUGCCCAAGACUUUGCCUCCCGAGCUAAACUGGCAGUUCAAAAUCUAGUACAGAAGGUUGGAUUUUUUGGAAUUUUGGCCUGUGCUUCAAUUCCAAAUCCUCUUUUUGAUCUGGCUGGAAUAACAUGUGGACACUUUCUCGUACCUUUCUGGACUUUCUUUGGUGCAACUCUGAUUGGAAAAGCAAUAAUUAAAAUGCAUAUCCAGAAAAUCUUCGUUAUAAUAACAUUCAGCAAACAUAUAGUGGAGCAGAUGGUGGCUUUCAUAGGUGCUGUCCCUGGCAUAGGUCCUUCUCUGCAGAAGCCAUUCCAGGAAUACCUGGAAGCUCAGCGGCAAAAACUUCACCACAAAAGUGAAAUGGGCACCUCACAGGGAGAAAACUGGUUGUCCUGGAUGUUUGAGAAGUUGGUGGUAGUCAUGGUGUGUUACUUCAUCCUGUCCAUCAUUAACUCCAUGGCACAAAGCUAUGCCAAACGAAUCCAACAGCGGUUGAACUCCGAGGAAAAAACAAAAUAAGCAGAGAAAAAUUUUAACUGCAGAAAUUAGAGUGGAUGAGUCCUGCCUUAAACUGGGAGGACUCCAGACCAGGAAGGAAAAUGCUCCUUUCCAGCCUCUAUCAGUUUUUAAAAGCCGUUUAGUCCAUAUUUUGCACUGACAUAACUUUUCCUUUGUUUUUUUAAGGUAAGGUAUCCGCCCUAAGUCAAUCCAAGUUGUAUUUUAUUAGGGUGGAGUGUGAUGUUCAGCAGCAAACCUAACAGAAACUGGCCUUCUGUCCCCUCCUUUAAAAAGGCCCACAUAGUACAAUUAGAGACUUCCCACCACCCCACCUGCAAAGUUCAUACGUCGUAUGUCAGGCUUUUUAGCUUGUCCAGUGAUUGCUUUCCUUUUUCUGAUGCAUCAAAAUGUAUAUAAAUUAGAUUGGUUAACAGUCUUGCAUGUCUAUCAUGGUAAAAUUUAAUAUGCCAUCCUGCCCAACCUUCCCCUCCCACCCUCAAAAAAAGGCCAUUUUAUGAUGCAUUGCACACCCUCUGGGGAAACUGAUCUUUAAAUUUUGAAACAGUAUAAGGAAAAUCUGGUUGGUGUCUCACAAAUGAGCUGACGCCAUUUUUUUAUUCUGUAUAUUUAGAAUGAAGUCAAGAAAAAACUUUAUAAAGACAUCUUUGAUCAUUCCAAAAUCGUGUCCGGUUUGAUUUUUCACUUCCUUAGCUUCUACUAGCUGAAUGACAGCCUUGCUAAGUCCACUUCCAAUAAGGAUUUCGUAAUCCCCUAUAUGCAUGGAAGAGGCAGCACCAGUGGCAACUUUUGUGGUGGAAUUAGGCAGCUGUACACUGCUGCUGUGGUGGCAGCCUGUGGAAGUGGCCUACAAGCGGGGAUUUCUGUUUCUGAAAACAUCGGAGAAGUCCAUUAAUUUUCAUUAAAAUUAAUAGCUCAAUGUGUACUCUUAAUUUUAACAGGCAUAGAAAUUUACUUUUAUAACCCUUUUUCUUGCCUUUUUGUGUUUCAUACGUAUGUGCUAUGUGAUUUCUCUCUCCUUUGGCAUGUUACCACCGGUUGAACCUAGUCAUUUUUAUUUGCUUGGGAAGAAAAUAACAAUUUCAGUUUUUUCCUUAGGAAAAUUGAGACCAGCAUUGGGUGGAGAAUAGAACGGUAUUUCAAAGGGCAGCACUGCCCCGUGUGUUCAAUCCAGUCCUCCCUCCGUGUCUGUUUGCCUCCCAUCGUGACAUCUGCAUGGCUGUACCAACUUGUCGGGUAGCUUAUCAGACUGAUGUUGACUGGUGAAUCUCAUGGCAACAGCAGUCGAUGGGCUGUCUGACAUCUUGGUAUCUCUCAUCUGACCAUCCAUAUCAAAUGUUGCCAUUUUUCAAACAUUACACAGCAUCGUGGUGUAGGAUGAAAAGCCCCUAUGUCUGCUGGCACUUGGUGUCACACUAUGGCAGCAGCUUCGAGAGAGAACUGUGGAAAAUGGGGACAGCGUCCAUGACUCCAAAUAAAUAAAGGAAACGUUACCUACCGUUGUGAAAGGACACGUAGCUUGCCUUGAGGGUUUUGAAAAAGUGAUUGCUUUCUUAACCACCUUUCUUUGUCCCCACCAAGGACUCAGCAUCUGGCUGCUACUUGACGUAACUUUAAAGCUGUAUCAAGUGCUUUAUUGCAGUAAAUUCAUUUUAACCACUGA